GAAGAAAAAUCAUCAUUCUGUUAGAUAUGGUGCUUGGUAUAUUCUCUGUUUUGGCUAGUAGAAUAUAUGAAUGAAAGGUGUGAAGUCUCUCUAGAACUACCACCACCACGCGUAUCAACCGAACCAAAGGAAGCAGCCAAAUCCACUCCCACCUCCCUUUCUUUUCUUUCCAAGAAAAUUUAAAAAAGAAAAUAAUUAUUAUAUCCAAUUCAAAAAAAUGCACACUCCUCAGUUGCAUACUGUUCCUCUCCCUCACCAAAUUCCAUGGAUGCCAAGAAUCCACCUGAAUAAUUCCCUCUGGAUUCUCCACCCUUUCUCUUCCUCCUCAUCCUCCUCCUUCUCGCCCUCUCAGCCGCCGUCACCUCUCUUCACCUAAGACAUGACUCCUUCCUACUGCUUAUCUUCUGCAAGAACCACUUCCACACCAAAAGCAUUCCUCCACAAUUCCCACCUCUACCUCCCAAAGUACGGCUCCAUUUUCCUCCCAACAGAACCCCACUUUCCCAAGAAAGUCACAAACUUUCUCAGCUCCCAAACACCAUUACCCAAGUCUUUUCUCCCCACUUUGAGGCUCAACGCCUCCAAACUCACACACCCCUUUGCCAGUUUAUCCUCUUUCGCCGAUGCCGAAGGUGAAAACGAAGAACAAAACCAAGAUGUCAAAGCCAAACAACAUCACGAAAUAGCAGAAACAAGGGAACAAACCAAGUCGCCGGGAAUGGCCCAGGCCUUCCACAUAUCUUCCAGCACCGCCUCUGCCAUUUCCAUCUGCAUAGUGUUUGCGGCUUUGAGCCUUCCGUUUUUCACGAAGUCUCUGGGGCAAGGCCUGGCCGUUAAAACCAAGAUGUUAAUAUAUUUCUAACAUUAUGUUACUCUGCUUUUCGGGUUUUACAUGGCGUGGAACAUCGGAGCCAACGACGUGGCCAAUGCCAUGGGGACUUUGGUGGGCUCGGGAGCGCUGUCGCUGCGGCAGGCGGUGCUGACGGCGGCGGUUUUGGAAUUCUCAGGGGCGUUUCUGAUGGGGACUCACGUGACGAGCACGAUGCAAAAGGGGAUCCUUGUUGCUAAUGUGUUUCAGGGGAAGGAUCCUCUGCUUUUUGCUGGGUUGCUUGCUUCUCUUGCUGCUGCUGGUACUUGGUUGCAGGUUGCAUCAUAUUAUGGCUGGCCGGUCUCGACAACGCACUGUAUAGUUGGAUCCAUGGUCGGAUUCGUGCUUGUCUAUGGCGGUCCAGAUGCUGUCUUCUGGAGUUCGUUGGCAAGGGUGACUUCAUCGUGGGUGAUCUCUCCGUUCAUGGGAGCCCUGGUGUCCUUUCUUGUGUACAAAUGCAUUCGUAGGUACGUGUACAGCGCUCCAAAUCCGGGACAAGCCGCAGCUGCAGCAGCACCAAUUGCUGUACUAGUCGGCGUAACUGGAAUCUCAUUCGCAGUCUUUCCUCUCGGGAAAAGCUUGCCUUUGGCUCUGGCCAAGGCUCUAGCCUGUGGAGUUGCAGGUGCAGUCCUCGUGUACAGAAUUAUCCACAGGCAGCUAGGUCAUCUCCUCGUCAAGGCCAUGUCAUCGGAAGCAGAGCAAAUGGAGGGUACCAUCCAGCAAAAAAAUAUCGGAUUUCUCACUGAUAUUGCAGGUCCAACCGGCACACAGUUGGAAAUAGUAUAUGGGGUUUUCGGAUACAUGCAAGUCCUCUCAGCAUGCUUCAUGUCAUUUGCUCACGGCGGGAAUGAUGUCUCCAACGCAAUAGGUCCUUUGGCUGGUGCAUUAUCCAUUCUUCAUGGCCGUGCUAGUGGAGCGGACAUUGUUAUUCCAACUGAUGUUCUAGCAUGGGGAGGGUUCGGAAUUGUAGCAGGUAUCACAAUGUGGGGGUAUAGGGUGAUAGCAACCAUUGGGAAGAAGAUUACUGAACUGACACCUACUAGAGGAUUUGCGGCUGAGUUUGCAGGAGCCUCGGUGGUUCUGUUUGCGUCAAAGCUGGGACAGCCCAUCUCCGCCACACAUACUCUGGUGGGUGCAGUCAUGGGGGUGGGAUUUGCAAGGGGGCUCAAUAGUGUUAGAGCAGAAACUGUGAGGGAAAUUGUGACUUCUUGGGUUGUGACAAUUCCUGCUGGUGCUUUCUUUUCGGUUUUAUACACAUGGAUCUUUACCAAGCUUUUAUCUUAUAUUUUGUGAGACUACAUUUGAAGAUUGAAGUGAUGAAACCUGAUAAUCCACCUAUACAAAAGCUUUAUGACAAAAGUGAUCUUCUACUUCCAGGGAAAAAUCAGUAUUUCGGCAAAUCUGACAGUGGAAAGUUGUUCAAAGAAACUGCUAUAAUUAUCGUACACAAGUGAUCUGAUCUAGAAGAUAG